CCCCCAGACCCUCUGUGUUGACUCUGACAAUUAUGAGAAGCGACAAAAAAAGUAAAAAACAAAAAAUAGAUAAAUAAAUAAAAAGGCGGAGAGCAGUCAGUGUCUGUGAAUUUUCAGUACAAUCCAUGCGUGUGAAUGUAAAAUAAGAAUAGUUAAAAUAAAAAUGUGAAGGUUUCACAUUUAAGGUCUUCAUAACUUGGUGUAUUCAUGCAGUCAUCUUUGCUUGAACUUCCCGCUUCCUCUCCGAGUGGGGAAGUUUGUUUCUAGGAAGGAGCGUGGUGUCGCAGUUGGUCCAUCUCCAGAGUCUCUCCUCUAGACCGAGGCUGAGGCUGCGCUCCUCCCCGUCUGAGCUCCGCGGGGAUCAUGGCAUAAGUUCAGAUGGGGAAGCCUCGCUCCUGGCGGUUCUUCCCUUUUCCAAAAGUGUCCAGCUGCAGUCGGAGGAGGGGCUCUCUGUCUACGCGGGGUCUGCUCGUGGGGAUUGGAUGCGCGCUUUUUUGGCUUUUCGUUGUUUCCCCGGUGGGACACUCACAGGAACCCCAGCAGCGCGUAGAACCGGACCGGGAUUGGACCAAACACACCAAAGGGGGUCACAGUUUAGACCGCGCAGACGUGCACGCGGGUUCAAUCCCGACUGGAUCCAAUGUGUUCUACAUAACACUGAAACCGAGGCGUCUACAGCCGGCUAACAUUAGAAAGACAGGACGCCCAAAACUGAGGAGGAAGGAGAAGAGAGCCAGCACAGCUGGUCCCGCGGCUGCGCUGAACAGCCGCGCGCACGGGGACGCAACUCAGCGCGAGCAUACACCCAGAGCGUCUGCUCAGGGAAGUCAUGAUGUGCGUUAUAAACCCCGGAACCUAAUCAAUAACUUUAACGAUGACAGAGAAACAUCCCACAUUAGUACAAUUCGGAUUUAUGGUCCGCGCGCACCCCCGUGGUUUAGCGCGCGGGACUUGCGGACCAUGCGCUUUCUUGCUGAUUCCAAAGUUUUGCGCGUCAAAGAAAUCCCACGCGGAGACUCUCCCCCACUUCUGAUUUUCGAGGGUGACGUCAAACCCUCCCUGAGGGACCGAACCCCCCCGAACAGAGCGUGUGAAGGGCAGUGUGGACUCCUACGCGGCUCCGUGGACAACACGGAAGUGUUCGCCUUCCACCUGGACAGGGUGCUGGAGCUCCACAGGACCCCGCCCGCCGUCAGCAGGAAGUUUGGCUUCCUCCACGAUGAGCGACCCCGCCCAGUGGUGUUGUGGGAUGCACUGAUGCACCCAGAGGCUGUGGACCAGGUCACAGUGAGGCUGACAUGGAGGGAGUAUCAGAACUCCCUGAAGGAGAAGUGUUGGGAAAAAAAUGUCAGCCUAAAGCCGGAUUCCGCCUGCACCACCAUCUAUCCCCACGAGUGGAGCAGACUGGCUCUGUUUGACUUCCUGCUGCAGAUUCACAGCCGUCUGGACCAGAGCUGCUGUGGAUUCCGGCCUCGGCAGGAGGAUGUGUGCAUAAAUCCCAGCCCCCAUGCUGCAUGCAGAAACCCAGACAACACAGAACUGGGAAACAUCGUCCACAGAAAUCAUGACCCCCACCAUCUGGUGUUCAGCAUCAACAAGGGCUUCUUUGAUCGCAACGAGGACAACUUGGACUUCAGGCUACUGGAAGGAAUCAGGGAGCUACCACAAGAAGCCAUGUCUGUGUUGGGCAGCAGAAAGCUGAGGGAGAAACUACUGCAGUCUCUGUUUCUGGAUCAGACAUUCUGGGAAAGCCAAGGUGGCCGAUAUGGCAUUGACCGACUGAUUGACGUCAUUGAGAGACGAGCUAAAGUCCUCCUCACCUACGCCAACGCCCACCGGAUCAAAGUCAUACCAAUGAAUGUGUAAGGAAGAUUUAAAAGAGGCCAAACAUUGGAAGAAGAAGUUAAAGAAAGGUUUGAAUAGUAUUAAUAGUCUUACGACUUCACUAAGUGUAGAGAGCUGUAAUUGCCCCAUAACUUCCAGUUUAUGUAUGAUGGGAUCCCCUUGCUUUCUCUAAAAAGACAUAAUUAGAUUAGCAUCUAAUGCCUCAUUGCAAGAGAGACUGACCAGGGCAUUAGAUUUACAUCUCAGAAAAAAUUUGAUAAAAACAAAGAAAAAGCAGGUGGUAGAGCUGGAUAAACACACCUGUGCAGGCCAUUCCAAGUGACAGUACACCACAUUUAUAACAGCUUCAAACAGGCUGUCAGUAGAGCCCUUUUAAAACAGUGAAAUUGGUCUUUAAAAAAAAAAAAAAAACAAUCAAGUUAUAACUAUGUUUAUUAACAGAAUGUUUUGCUUACUAUAGUGAAGGUUGUUUUUGUCCUGGAAUACAGUUGACCCAUCCUGAUUAGAAAUACUAAAACUGACUGUACUUUUGUAUUUAUUGAAUUUUCUCUCUGGUAGGAUGUCAGGGCUCUUACACCCAAGAAGGAAAAAAAAAGGACUCAAAGUCAAGCCCUGCAAUGGAAUAGUUCUGCUAGUGCUUGGAGCCCCAAUGUUUCUCUUUAUCCCCUUGUUUUUUUAAUUGAUGAAGGGAUGUUGAAAUCCUUCUUAAGAAGAACCUCAGGAAACGGAGCAGUUUAAUUUGUGUGUAGCAGAAAGUCUAGUGCGAGCCAUUCCAACAAAGACAUUCACGAGACGUUACUAAAGCAGCAAAGUUCAGGAAGGUCUGGGCUUCAAUUUCCUGCUCUGAUUGAAGUGUCACUGAAACUCGUCACGUCUGACAAGUUGAUGAGCAAAUUUCAACAAAAACAUUAAGAAAAAACAUUGUAAAAUGACCUUUGUUAAGCUGUUUAAAUGAACAGGAUACAUAUUGACAGGAAGAAGGGGAAGGUAGGAGGAGGAGAGCUGCGCAUUGUCUGGAUCAAGAGCAGGUUUCUGUGUUCAGCCUUCUGAUGUUUUAAUUGUUGUUUCUGGGAUUCACAAAUGGGUCUUUGUGUCUUUAACUUUUUAAAAUCCUGAGUUUUCCUUAAAGCCCCAGACUGAGCUCCUAAAAGCAUCAAUUAGCUUUCAGAGCUCAUCUUGUAGCUUCACUGGGGAUCUCAAUGUUACUGUUGGUCCAUUACCACUGUUUAGUUUGCUGUUGUCUUGUUUCCUGUGAUGUAUCUAACAUCAUUGGGCCAUCAACCAUCUUGUCAAAACUUUAUGUUACAAUUAGUUACCAACAAAAAAUAAACAGGCAUGGUUUUAAAGAGA